UCCAGGUUGGCGGGCCCCGGAGCUCGGCCGCCUGGAUGCGCAGGGCUAAGGCGCCAGAGGGCCGGGAGCGGGGUGCCCCGAGUAGGGAGCCAAGUCCUGGGCUACGCCCGGGACGCGGCCCCGAUGACUGAGCUCCAGCAAGAGGUGGAGGACGCCAAGCCCGCCAAAGUGCUCGGCAAGAGAGAAGGCAAAGUUGGCCCAGUCCACUUGGAGGCUGAGAAUGGUGUGGAGGACAGGAAGAAGAUCAGCAAGUCGCCAACAGCCCAGUCCCCUACCUCGUCAGUGGAGGCUGAGUCCCCAGACCAGAAGAGAAGCAUUGGCCUGUGGUCAAAAUCCAGUUUUGAUGGUUCCACUUGGUCGGGUGAUAAGAAUGAGUGUAAAGCCGAAAGUAAGACUGAAAGAAAGAAGUCUUCGUCUUCCAGCCAGUACAAGGCGAACAUGCACUUUCACAAGUUAUUUCUUGAUGUCCCGACUGAAGAGCCGCUGAGGCAAAGCUUUACCUGUGCUCUCCAGAAAGAAAUUCUAUACCAAGGAAAGCUCUUCGUGUCGGAAAACUGGAUUUGUUUUCAUUCCAAAGUCUUUGGAAAAGACACUAAGAUCUCUAUCCCAGCUUUCUCCGUCACCCUGAUAAAGAAAACCAAAACCGCCCUUCUGGUGCCAAAUGCCCUGAUCAUAUCGACGGUCACAGACAGGUACAUAUUUGUCUCCUUACUCUCCAGAGAUUCAACAUACAAACUGCUAAAAUCUGUGUGUGGACACUUGGAGAACACUAGUGUUGGUAACAGUCCCAACCCAUCUUCUGCUGAAAAUAGUUUCCGGACAGAUCGCCCUUCAUCUCUGCCUCUGGAUUUCAACGAUGAAUUCUCAGACCUGGAUGGAGUGGUUCGACGACGAAGACAAGACAUGGAAGGGUACAGCAGCUCUGGCUCGCAGACUCCAGAAUCCGAGAACUCCCGAGACUUCCAUGUGACCGAGUCUCAGACACUUCUGAAUGUCACCAAGGGAGAAACAAAACCACCUCGGACAGAUGCCCACGGGAGCAGAGCCCCUGAUGGGAAAGCCAAGAGCCUGCCUACGCACGGUCAGUCAGAAACUGUCGGGAUUUUGCCUAAAGUCACGUCUCAGAAAUGCCCAACUCUCCGUCAUAUUCUUAUAUUCUAUGCAAUUGUUGUCUGUGCACUGAUCGUCUCCACCUUCUACAUGAGAUACAGAAUUAACACUCUGGAGGAGCGGCUGGGGUCCCUGACGUCCAUUGUGGAUCCCUACAGUACUGAGCAGACAGUCCCAUCGGGCCUGGGAUCACCAGUACAGUUAAAUGUGGAGGCCCUUUGCCAAGAACUUACAGCUAACAUAGUGAAAUUAGAAAAGAUACAGAACAACCUACAAAAGCUGCUUGAGAAUGGUGACUGAGGGACCAGAUGCUGGGGCCAACAUAAUACCUCGUUUUCCCUUGAAGAAGGUGCUUCCCGAGAGAGUCUGCUGUGCGCCCCCUGCUGGCCAGAGGCGCAAGAGGCUGAGAAUCCAGAUGUGUUUGCACUUGGAGCUCUCCAGCUCCGGAAAGGGGGAAAGGGAAUGAUUUUGCUUUUGUGCAAUAAAAGUUGACCUUGUCUCUGCUGCUGCCUGAAGAAAACAGACCCAUCUCGGGAGGUGAGCAAGGUCCUGGAGGACCCCUGUAGCGGGAGAGUUAUGGUGAUGGUCAGUAAACACUGCACUCCAUGCUUUUCAGCCCUCCCCAGCCUCCUCUCGGCUCCCUUCACCCAUCCCAACCAACCUUCAGACCUAAGGGGUACACCGUAUGCCAGCAAACUCAAUAUGGUCCUUUAAAUUAGCCAUGAGCCUCCAACAAGGCAGUGAAUAUUUCCAGAUGAACAGGCUUGCUUCAGACACCUGCGUUUUGGUCUCUGUUUUGUUUUGGUUUUUUUUUUCCUUCUGUGCUUAUGUUCUGAUUUCUUUUGUCUGUGAGUUUUGGUUUUUCAUUUUAGUUUUGUGAGCAUGUCUGGUAAAGUGAAUUAAAGGUUGCAUCUGUGUUGGGCUGUUUUGUUCCCCGUGACUGGUACUUAAUUGGAGUGAUUCUCCCCCACCUCUGAUCAGGAAUCUUUGAGGUGGCAGACUGAAGUACUGAAUUAGAUUCACUCUGAAACCACAACUAAUCCUUAAGCCAAAAGUUGUGAUAGUGAUUUCCUAUGCAAUGGAAAGUACUGUUUCUAAGAUUCUAAGUGGGCUACAGUAGCAGUUUUGAGCCAGGAUGUCUGUGUUGGACUCUAAAUCCCAUUUCAGCAUGGUAAUUGGCUGUCUCUCUCCUACAAUAAAGCAAUUAAGUGGUGGUUUGCUAACUUUACUUACAGUAUGGGUUGGAUGUUUUUUAUUAAUAAUUAUUUAGGGUACCGUAAGAUCUGUAAGUGUAAAACAUUCUAUCUGCAAUGCGUUUUAUAAUCAUUUCUAUGAAAUGUAUUUUGUUUAAUCAGAUAAGCUAAUAAGUGGAUUGGUUACAUCAUUUGUAUUUUGUCAGCCUACUGGGUAACUGUGCCUGGUGCACUGACUUUUAAUAAAUACUCAUUGGCUAAAACA